GAUCAUAAACAUCACCACCCUUACUUAGGUAUAUAGGUUGUUGGGAGGUAAAAAUAAUGAAUGCCCUUUUUCACUUUAGAGGAGACAUCAAGUCAUGCACAUUUCUUGGGCCUUGCUUUUUUGAAAUUUAGUUGGUAAAUGUUCCAUGUUUUUUUAAUUAACAAAAAACAAAUCUUUCAGAUGUAUUCUGGCAGCCUUUGUAUUUCUGAGGCAGAAGUCGGUCGCAUUUUAUCAUUAGUUAUGCUUCAUCAAACGGUUGUGCCCGUGUUGAAGCGACAGGUGCGUUUCACCGAUGACAAUGCAACCGAAAUGUCUUUUUCUGAUUUCAUGAGCUGUUUUGUUGUUCACGACAGCCAUCUGAUCAAGUCUGGUGAAGAAAUAAUGCUACAGAAUCUGCCUGUGGAUCUCAGUAAUGGAAUUUCUGGAAAACAGAUAGAAGAAUUAGGUGGCUUUCUUUUCCAUUCUUCUAUACAUGUUGGAGAAUGUUUUAGUACUCUUCAAGUAGCUCUAAAAGAAAGUGGAAUUUUGCCUGAGAAGCUUCUGUUCUUGUUACUCAAGCAUUGGGUUUCUGAUGCUGGAUUUUGCCCGAAUGCAGAUAAAUGGAUAAAUCUGCAGCAAGUCAUGAAGCAUAUAAGUUCAUUAAGUGGCAAAUCCCAAAUAGUAAAGCUCAGAAUACAGAACAUGUUUCCUGGUGGGGUUUCAGUUGUGCAACCCUCUGAGGCAACUGGCAACGUAGCUGCAUACAUCGGGGCGGUAGUGGCUCGUUCUGUAUCCGUGAUCAUGGCAGCAUCAUUUAGCGUUGAACAUCGGAAAGCUAAUGGUGAUAAAAAGAGCUGUAAUGAUAAAGACAAUGAGGAAAGUGGUGAGAGUGAUUGGGAAUCAGUGUCAUUGGAUUUAGAGCAUUGGAACUUACGAGUGAAGCAAUUAGAAGACAUUCUUAUGUUGAAUAUACUUUUAAAAAGUCAACCAUAUGGAAAGGCUGUUGUAAAAGAUGUGAAUAUAUCUAUUGAAACUCUACUGAACAGUGGUCAAGGUUACCAUGGAGGAUAUUCUAUUUGGCAUCAGUUGUACCAUUAUUGGCGAGUUUAUCACCUACUCCGGCAAAACAGAAAAGUACCAGGAUCUGUUACUGACCUCGUAGCAGUUUGGGCUGUAUCGGUGGGUUUAGAGCCUGAAGUACUGUCUUCGUUUCUCUCAGCCGAGGACACCGAUGAUGUUUCAGUACCUCAAAAAUUUUUGGAUGACAAAUCGGAUUCCAGGUCUUUAAAUAUUGUUAAGGGAUUGCUGAAUGACGUCAGAAAAAAAUUUCCACACAGCUUGAAUCACGAUGCGUUGCUUGCUAAUUGUUGUUGGGAGCACCUUAUGCAAUGGAGUAAAAACAAAGAUGCUGUUAAUCAUCUCGACAAAUCCUUAAGUUGUCUGAAUUUUGUUGGAAGUCCGUUGAUUAAAAAUGAUUCUAUGCAUAUAGAAAAAACAGUUGUAGAUUGUCAAAGUGGAUUUAGAAAGUUCUACCAUAGAGCAAAUAUUCAACAUUUGACAGAUUAUAGAAAAGAAUUUGGAAUUAAUACUCUCCACAUAUUUAUUGAUUUCAAAACUGCUUGUGAUAGUAUUAAUAGAGAAGCUAUCAUUGCAGCCUUAAGGGAGUUUAAAAUACCUGAAAACUAUUAA